AUGUCAAACGUAGAUCAGCACUUUGAGGAAACCUUUGAUCAACCACAACAAUUUUUGAAAGCUCAAGCAUUUGAAAGUUGUAAGAAAAGUAUUGCUCAGCGUCUCGGCUGUCAAAGCAAGUGUCCGGGCUGCGGUGCAAAAUGUAGUAGGCCAGAACCGCAUGAAGAUGAAAGGGUAGAACAAUGGCGUGAUCCAUGCCAUUGUCCUCCGGAUAAGUCACAAGCGUUUCACGGUGCUGCAUAUUACAAAAAACAUACACCGGCUCUACAAUUAUGUUAUCAAUGGUGGAGAACUCCAUGUGUAUACCGUGGUGACGAUGAUGAAGUGGGCGUGUUUCCAGUUGCCAAAUAUUAUAACGAGAAGUAUCGGGCUUGGUAUAAUGAUUUAAAUCAGCUGUCUACAACGGGAGUGGCAUGCAGUGAAACUAUCUCGCCGCCUGAUCAAAGACGAGCAUGGAUGGUUGUACGUCAUACACUGAUCAAACACUAUAAUGAAUCACAUAAAAUGAUUGCUGAUCCCAAAGGAUACGGUAGCAAAUUGUAUCCAUCAAACGUUGAAGCUCUGCCAGCCGAUUUUCAGCUAACGUGGAAAAAUGAAGAUUUUGAAUUCUAA